GUGUGCUAAAGAGUCUCGACUUGUCGCCACGUACAGGACGCCCGGUCGCUGACAAGCGAGCCGGUGCUAAGCGAGCCAUCUGUUGACUGGUCGCUCCAGCGAUCGGACCGCUUCGAACGCUAUGGAAGACGCGGUAGGCCAAGCUGCAGAGCUCCGAGGCGACACACGGCCGACCGGCGCUACACGCGAUAGCACGCCAACAGAAUGGCUUGACUUUGUCGAGCGAUACGCCCACGGCAACUACGAACCUGCUCGGCCUCCGCAGAAGCCGGCGUCAGAUCUCGCACUCGCCCAGCAGUUAGCCUCUAUAGAUCUGACACACGCCGAGCCUCGACUAGUAGAGGUCGCGCGAGUGUUAAAGACAUACGUUCAGAAGGGCUAUCUGCCUGCGCCUAGAUCCUCCGACAUGCAAUCGCGAAUGACCGCCAUUCAGACCUAUGAUCUCGACGACCCGGCUCGCAGGUCGUCGAUAGACAGAUGUGUCAGCAUUGCCCAGCGAUAUUUCAAUGUCGAUUCAGUCGCGGUGAUGCUGCAGACGCAAAGGGACAUACUUGUGCUGGCUGAAGCAAACGCGCCGGUUCCAGCGGGUACCUUUGGGCCGCGUGAUUCCAUGUUUUGUUCGCAUACUGCCUUGCGAAAUGACGACGAAUUGGUGGUAGUGCAUUCUGCAGAGGACUGGCGCUUUGCAAAGAACCCACUGGUCAGAGGCGAUGGUAGCGUGCAGCAUUAUGCAGGCCAGCCAAUAAGACUGCGCGUCAGCAAGACUGGCGACGAUGAUGCCCAUGCUGAACUGACAACCGUUGGCAGCUUAUGCCUUCUCGAGCACACCACACAGGGCAGCGUCAUACGCAACUUGAGCAGCGAAGACAAGGAGUUCUUGCGAGAUUUGGCCUACCUUGUCGCUUCUGAGCUCGAACAUGGACGCCUGGCACGCGACAGUGCUCGCGCGAUAAGCCUCACAGGCCUGCUCAACCCGCCGCCAGCAUAUCUACCUGCGCGGACUGCCUCUCAAUCGGCACCAUCCUUGCAACGCCCCGACAGUGCAGAGCAUGCCACCUCCGCGGCGAUAGAUCAGCAGGCAGAGGAAGCUGACAUACUGACUCGGUCGGCGACAGACUUGCUGCGCCUGCUGAAAGCUGACGGCGUCGCUAUCGUUGACAUACGAGGAUAUCACGUCUCGACCGUCACGCGAUCAGGAACUUCUCGCGCGACCUCCGAACUAUCACAUGAUCAUCCAGAGUCUAAUCCUGCGUCUGCAACAGUCUCAUCGCCUUCUGUAGGCCACCACAUGCCGAUUCUGUCCACUACCGAGGGUUCCAAUACCCCGACAACAACCUCACCAUCUGGUGCAAGCACGCGCGAGCGGUAUCGCGAGCUCACUGCGCCGGAUGGGACUACGCUGUCCUGGUUCGAGCCCAAAGCGGGCAAGGCAGAUCAAACAAAAAGUAGAAGCCGGUCACUCCCGACGUUGGCACAUGCUCAGAUAGGCUUGCCGGACGACUGGCUACAUUUCGGCAGCCGCGCCGUCGCCCAGGUCUUAUUUAAGCACUGCAUGGGCGAACAGAACAUCGCCUUCAGCCGAGCAGGCAGCGAAAGCCCAGCUGCCGCUUUCGAGCUCGUGCCCGACGUGACAGAGGCUGUCAUUGCUUUGCCCCUGUUUGACUCGCGGAAGCAACCACAUCUGCUCGUAUUAGUAGCGCGCUCAAAGCUAGACAGGCCUUUCGACCAGACAGAAGAAGGCUUUGCUCGUGCCAUUGGAGCAAUCUGCGUCGCUAAUUUCGAGAGGCUCAGGGCGAUAGAUGCCGUGCAAGGCCAGGCUUUCUUCUUGUCGCAGAUCUCUCACGAAUUCCGAGUGCCGCUGCAUUCAAUACUUUGCCAAGUCGAGUGCAUGCGCGAAAUUUUCGACCCCGAUACAGCGAUGCAGUCUCACAUGCGACAAGAAGUUCUUCAGAUGCUCGACUCGGUCGAAGCUGCCGGUCUCACCCUGCGUGAUACGCUAGAGGACGUUCUCGAGUAUGGCAAGCUUUCGUCGCACCGCAGCACAGUCGCAGAUCACGAUAAGACGCAAGUCUACCAGACACUUGAGCUCGGGCCAGAACUCUUUGACAUUGUGCAGCAAGGGAUCGAUCGCAAGAAGCAUUCGAAUUUACUUGCAGAGGGCGAACGAGAGCUACCAAAUGUCACUGUCGAUGUCGAUCCUCGCUUGAGCGCCUUUCACGUCUAUCUCAACACGACUGCGUUCAGGCGCAUCGUGCUCAAUGUGCUCUCGAACGCUUUGAACUUCACUCACACUGGUGAGAUCAAGCUGCUCCUGCGAGCGCAUGCGCCCGCCGCACCUGCCAGCAGCGCGAUCGACCUGACAGUGCAAGACACCGGCAAGGGGAUGAGUCAGGAAUUCGUCAGCACAAGAGCCUACUUUGAGCCGUUCAAGCAGGAAGAUCCCUUCACGUCUGGAUCUGGCUUAGGCAUGAGCGUUGUCAACAAUCUCUUGCAGCGCCUCCACGGCUCCUGCGAGGUCUCUUCGACGCUCGGAAUCGGCACAACGGUCAAGCUGCGCAUACCUGUCAAAUUUGAGAAAUUGUCACACUCGGCCAGGGAAUCCGACCCUUCUGCGGCAAAGCUCGUGCGCGUCUAUACUGGAUCCAUUGCCGUGCCAAUGUCGCUCGGUCUGCCAACAAGCCCCGGACAGCCGUUGACGCCGUCGACUGAAGAGUCUGCCAGUCAAGCUUCCCGCAAGCGCCCGUCACCGAGCGAAGGCUCAAGCAACGGACAGUCCUCGCCCCACAAGGCGGCAAAAAACGCUCGAGCUAGCGCGCUGCGUGUCAUGGUCGCAGAGGAUAACGCAGUCUCGCGCAACAUCCUCGUUUCGCUGUUAAAACGCAACAAAGUCUCUUACGUUGCGGUCGCAGACGGUCUACAAGCCGUGGCUGCAUACAAGCAAUUUUUGCCUCAUCUCUUUUGGGCUGACGUCAAUAUGCCAAUCAAGACGGGCAUCGAGGCUGCUGCGGAGAUCCGCGCGUAUGAGCGACAAGAGUCCCUUGCGCCUUGCAGAAUCGUCGCCAUCUCCGGGUCGAAUGAGGCCGAAUCCUCUCAUGCAGGCAUGCUCGGCGAGUCUCGAUUCGACGAAUAUCUCAUCAAAGGGACGGUUAAGUUGAAGCAGCUCGAAAACAGCUUGCUGGCUCUCAAGGAACAACUCAGCCUGUAGUGCAGACAAGCACAAUGACUCUCUGAGCUCUAGUGCAGACGAAAGAGAGUCGUCCGUUGUACAGUAACAGGUGCAUAUCUAUUCACGUGAACAACUGCUUCAUGCAUUCGGUCGUGG